AUGGUUUCAAAUAGCUUUCUUACCUUGCCUUUCCAUGUGUUUAUUAGAUGGAAACUGAACAAACCUCUCGAUACUCCCAAAGUUGAAGAACCUACUACUGGGAAUGACAAAGCCGCUUUGAAUAUAGGUUGUCAGGAAUCUAGUUCCAAGCGGAAUGCAAAUUCUGAAUGCAAACCUGACGAAUUUGUAAGGAACCUGCAGCCUGUCGCCUGCAUUUACAGACAAGAUGAUGUAAGGAGCAACAGCACUGGUAAGAUUGUGCUUGUACCUGAGCUUGCCGGUGACUCUGAUUCAGAUGGCAGCAUUACUGAUGAUGAAGAUGAGGACGAUGAGAAUGCCAAUGAUGAUGAUGAAACUGGUCCAAAUGAGGUGGAUGGUUGGGAUGGCAAGAGAAAUGACGAUGGGAGUACUGAUAGGAGCAGAGUUGGUGGCAAUUAUAAGAGCAGUCUUCUUCCAGCAGAUCAAGUUACGGUGCUUGAGAUGGAUGAAUCUGAGACAAGUCACAAAAUCGAUGAUGUCACCGUUGUUGAUGGGGGAUUUUUACAUGGGGAUUAUGUUGCUUUCGCUUCUCACCCAACGGGCCAAAUAGGUCUUGUAGUUGAUGUGAAUAUUUCUGUUGAUUUAUUAGCUGCUGAUGGAUCUGUUUUAAAAGACGUCUCCUCCAAAGACUUAAAAUGCGUUAGGGAUUUUACGGUGGGUGAUGUGGUUGUCUUGGGUCCCUGGGUAGGUAGAAUUCAGGAUGUUGUAGAUAACGUGACAGUGUUGUUUCAUGAUAGUUCUGUGUGUGAAGUCAUGAAGGCCGACCCACUGCAUCUCAAACCUGUUCGUAAGAAUAUCGUUCAAGAUGUACACUUCCCUUAUUAUCCUGGCCAGCGUGUAAAGACGAGCUCAUCAUCUGUUUUUAAGAACAAUAAUGCAGUUGUUCGAAUCAAAUGCCACCCACAAGUUGUGCCGCUGUUGUCUUCGUCAUUGGUGUUACAAUGGGGAAAGAAAUGGUUGAGGAUUGAAGGCGGAAAAAGCAGGGUAUGGGCUCGGCUCUUCUCCGGCUGA